AUGUCUUCAUCAACAACAUCAAGACAACAACAACAUCAACAACCACAACAACAACAUCGGUUGUCAAUGUUUGAUAGAGAUGAUGAUGGUGGAUCAGGAGGAGGACUCAACAGUGCUGCAGAUCUAUUGGUAUUCAACUCGAAUCAGAAGCUAUCAAUCACACAACAGAGGAUUGCUCUGCCGAUAUUUCAAGUGCGUAGACAGAUAUUAUACUUGUUGGAGACUCAUCAGACAUUGGUAAUAGUUGGCAACACUGGCUGUGGCAAGACAACACAGAUACCUCAAUAUCUCGUGGAGGCGGGCUGGGCCGAGGGCGGACGUUCAAUCGUUUGCACUCAGCCUCGUCGUGUUGCUGCCAUGUCCGUCGCCAAUCGUGUCGCUGAAGAGACUGGAACAAACAUUGGUGAGAUAGUCGGCUAUGCAGUGCGAUUCGAAGACACAAUCACCGAGUCCACCAAGAUCAAGUACAUGACCGAUGGCAUGUUGAUUCGCGAGAUGAUGAUGGACCCUUUACUCUCUCGCUACCCUGUCAUUAUGAUUGAUGAGGCACACGAGCGCAGUCUGCCCACCGACAUACUCAUGGGUCUACUCAAGAAAGUACAAGCUAGAAGGAAGGACUUGAAGAUCAUUGUGUCAUCGGCAACAUUGGACGCAGAGGAUAUGUGUCAGUUCUUCAAUAGUAAUAGGACGGGCGAUAAGUCAAAGGACACUGCUGUCAUUCUUUCGAUUGAGGGCAGGAACUACCCAGUGGACAUACAUUAUCUCUUGAAGUCAUCUGUCAACUAUAUCGAUACAACUACCACCACAAUUGUCGACAUACAUACUACACAACCACCUGGCGACGUGUUGGUGUUCCUCACUGGACAGGAGGAGAUUGAGACGAUACGUCGAGCACUGGAGGAUCGUCUGAGCGAUGCAAAUGGCAAGUCAAGACGAUUAUCACCAUACAAGAUCAUUCCAUUGUACUCUGGUCUGCCAAUGACCAAGCAGAUGAAGGUGUUUGAGAAGCCAGACAUCAAGGUACGCAAGAUCAUCCUGGCAACGAACAUUGCAGAGACAUCGAUCACAAUUGAUGGCAUUGUAUAUGUUGUCGACACUGGAUUCGUCAAGAUCAAGACAUACAGUGGGCGAUCGGGUCUUGAGAGUCUGGUCGUGGUGCCCACCUCUCAAGCCUCUGCCAAUCAACGCGCUGGACGAGCCGGUCGUAAUAGACCGGGAAAGUGCUACAGACUCUACACACAAGAGGCAUUCAGCAAGCUGUCUGUACACACAUUGCCCGAGAUACAGAGAUCCAAUCUUGCACCAGUGGUCUUGCAACUCAAGGCUCUUGGCAUUGACAACAUUCUCAACUUUGACUUUGUAUCACCUCCACCACCAGACGCAAUGAUCAGGGCACUGGAGGUCCUCUAUGCUCUGGGAGCACUGAAUGACGAUUGUAAACUGACGACACCAGUUGGACACAUCAUGGCAGAGUUCCCUGUGGAGCCACAAUUCUCUAGAAUGAUCUUAUCAUCAGUGAACUAUGGUUGCAGCGAAGAGAUCAUUACAAUUGUCGCAAUGCUCAGUAUUCAAGGAUUGUUUGUCAAUCAAUCCCAAUCCAUUCGAAGAUCAUUCACUGUCAAAGAAGGUGAUCAUCUUACGCUCCUAAACUUGUUCAAUAUAUUCUCGAGGAAGUCAAAGUCGGAUUCAUCAUGGUGUCAUGAGAACCAGAUCAAUUAUAAAGUGAUGCUGCGGUGUGUCCAGGUUAGGAAACAGUUGUUGGCAUAUGCCAAGAAGUAUCAGAUCAAAUUGAUAUCAAUCACAGACAACAAUGACAAGAACAUUCCAGACAAGACAGUACCAAUACGCAAGGCAAUAGUCAGUGGAUUCUUUACCAAUGCAGCCCAUCUACAACCGGAUGGUUCGUACCAGACUGUUAAAGAUAAACAUAAACUAUGGAUACAUCCAACAUCAGUGCUGAGUACAGUCAACUCACCAGAGUGGGUACUAUUCCAUGAUGUAACUGUAACAACCAAAGAGUUUAUGAAAGAGCUAUGUGUAAUUGAACCUAGCUGGCUUUAUGAGAUUGCUCCACACUUCUAUAAAUUCAAGUCAUAG